UAUCUCCAUGCUGUUGGGUUCUGAGGACAGCAAGGUCCCUGGGAGGAGCAGGGUGCAGUGGAGGGGCGAGGGCAGGACUCCUGGGUUCUCGUUCACCAUCUAACACCCAGACUGCAUCCUCACAGUUGGCACAGAGGUGGUGAGAGCCUGGAUGCCUGGGUUCCCUGCUCUGGCAGAGGAGCAGCUGCCUGGGGGGUUGGAUCCUGGAGAGGGGGGUUCCUCCUUGCAGUUGGAGACAGAGCCAGGAUACCUAGGUCCUAUUUCUCAGCUGUGUCCACUGACUUGCCUAGUGCCCUUCGUUCCCAUCCGUGCCAGGCCCUGGUGCACUCUGACUGUUCACCAUGCGUCUGACCGCACUGCUCGCCAUGACCGCGGGGGCCACAGCGAAGCUGCCACCUGGCUACCGCCACGGCACCCACCGGCCCGGGUCCUAUGCUGAUAAGACCAGGAACCCACCCUGGCUGCGGCGCAGGAGGCUGAUCUUGGAGCCGCUGAGCGAGGAGGACUGGAAGGUGUUCAAGGGUGACACGGUGGAGAUCCUAAAGGGGAAGGAUGCCGGGAAGCAAGGACUGGUGAGCCAGGUCAUCCGAGCCCGCCACUGGAUCUUUGUGAAAGGCAUGAACGUGCACUAUCGCUUCUUAGGGAAAUAUGGCGACUACCCAGGCAUGUGUAUUCCCAGUGAGGCACCCUUGAUGCUCCAACAGGUCACCCUCAUCGACCCUGCAGACAGGAAGCCGACAGAGGUGGAGUGGCGCUACACAGAGGAGGGCGAGCGCGUGCGGGUGUCCAUGCGAACGGGUAGAAUCAUCCCUUUGCCUGAGGUCGAGCACCCGGAUGGUAUUGUGCCAGAGGUGUGGGUUGAUGGGCCCAAGGACACCUCAGUGGACGAUGCUCUGGCCAAGACCUACAAGGCGUCCCUGAAGACCUUUGAGGAGGAGAUCAUGGAGCGCAUGGGCAUUGUGGAGACACGCAGGGCCCGCAAGUCCUUCUGGUACUGAGCCGAGGCUUGUAAUAAAGACGUUCUCUUCUAAACACC